GUAUCUUGUCCCAAGAUCUAUGAACACUACACCAAGGACUCCAAAUUCUAUAUUGAAAUGGAGUAUAUUCCUGGAAAGACGUUGUGUGAUAUAUGGCCAGAAUUGAGUGAAGAGCAGAAACAGAUUGUUACAGAUAAUAUUCUAAAUGAGUUGAAUAAACUAAAAAAAGAAACAUCAAACGAAAUAUGUGGAAUUGAUGGUAAUAAUUUUCGUGAUCCAUUGUUUGGCCAUUUGAAGUUUGAAUCUGAAAGGGCGUUCAACAAGUAUAUCUCUUCAAAAAUUCGUAACAAAAGGAUAAGUAGAAUAUUUCUAUCUCAUGGGGAAUUGAGUUCUCGCAACAUCAUAGUCAAAGAGGAUUUAUCUGUGGUAUUUGUUAAUUGGCAUUGUAUGGGGUUUCUUCCUGAAUAUUGGGAUUUAAUGAAAACUUUUUAUUAUAAUCCGUUGAAU